AUGAUUGUUGAAAAGGCAAGGAAAUUCGGCCAAGAUUUAGGAGUUGCUGAAAGUGAAUGUAAUUAUUCUGAUGGUUGGCUCAGAAACUUUAAGUUUCGGCAUGGAAUUCGAAAACUUGGAGUAACUGGAGAAACACUUUCAGCAAACCAAAACUCUGCAGAAAAAUACAAAGACAAGUUUGAGAAAAUCGUGGCUGAUAAUGAUUUAACACCUGAACAGAUUUACAAUGCUGAUGAAACAGGGCUAUUAUGGCGAUGUUUACCAACAUCUACACUAGCUGGGGGAGGAGAGAAAGCAGCCAAGGGUUUAAAAAAAAACAAAGACAGAUUAACCGUUUUGCUAUGUGCUAAUGCGUCUGGAAACCACCGAGUGACCCCUUUUGUAAUAGGUAAAUCGGCAAAACCCAGGACUUUUAAGAAUGUUACACACUCGCCUGUCCAAUACGAUGCUCAAUCAAAUGCGUGGAUGACUGCCGCCCUCUUUAAAGACUGGUUUUUUCACCACUUUGUGCCUGAGGUCAAGGAAUCCUUCAAAAGCCUUGGUCUACCAGAUGGUACUAAAGCCAUCCUUCUUUUGGACAAUUGCAAAGCCCACCCGCCAGUAGAUGAGUUAGUUUCUGGAAAUAUUGUUGCUACUCUGCUCCCACCUAACAUAACAUCUUUGAUUCAACCCAUGGACCAAGGGGUUAUUCAAAAUUUUAAAUGCUUUUAUGGAAGGUCUUUUAUUCAAGGCCUGUUAAAUGCCGACUGUAACGUGACUGAUUUUCAAAAAAAGUUUACAGUAAGAGAUGCCGUCCAUGCUAUUGCACUGUCUUGGAACCAGGUAAAAAAUACAACACUCCAAAAAUGGUGGAGAAAACUUUGGCCAGCUGCAAACCCUGCAUCUGACCUAACUCUACAGACUGAUGAGGAAGAAAACCAUCAAGACGCUCUGACCUAA